AUGACGGGCCGAGGCCAAAACGGUGCAGACGAAUUCGAUGAUUUGACGAUCGAGGAGUUACGAGAAAAACUUCUUGAGAUAGAUCUGUCAGUGACGGGUAGCAAAGCAGUUUUGCUAAACAGAUUGAAGAGAGCACGUGAUGGAAAGGGUGAUAAAACACCAGAAGACUCAGAAGACGAUGAAUCUAAGACGAAAUCUAAGAAGAAAGAUGGAAAAGCAACAAUCAGCGAUGAUACAGGACUUGGUGCUUUAUCAGUGAAAGAAUUGAAGACGCAAUUGUCCGCUUUAGGGUGCAAAGUGAGUGGCAAUAAAGUGAAACUAGUGCAAAGAUUGAAAAUGGCACUAGAAACUCGUAAGAAUAAACCCAACGAGCAAGAAGAAGAAAAAAAUAGUGAUGAUGACAUUGAUGAGGAAAGUGACGAGGAAGAAGAGCCUCCAGACUUACCAGAGAACAGACGGGAACGCACAGUGGAGCGACGUUACUACAAAUCCCCAGUGUUGACGUUCAAAGACGUUGAGGACGCGCUUGGUAAAUUCAAGGGCGAAGGAAGUGAGAGCAUUCAUCGAUGGGUCUUAAAUUUUGAAGAGACAGCAGAAUUGUGUGAAUGGACGGAUGCGCAGAAAGUGAUUUAUGCCAAAAGAUUGUUAGACGGAUCGGCUAAAUUAUUUGUGAACUUUGAGUGUGAAGUGAAGACGUGGAAAAAGUUAAAGAAGUCUCUGAUUGACGAGUUUGCUAAAACCAUUAACAGCAAAGAAGUGCACAGGCAGUUGAGCCUGGCGAAGAAGAAAAAUGAUGAAACGUAUCAGACGUAUGUUUAUCGUGUUCUUGAAAUUGCCAGUCAUGCUGAUAUUGAAUUAGAAGCGAAAAUUCAAUACAUCAUUGACGGAAUUCAAGAUGAGGAGUCAAAUAAAUCAGUGCUCUAUGGUGCCAACUCUAUCAAAGAGUUGAGGAAGAAAUUAUUGCAUUAUGAGACUCAGAAAAUUAAUAGUAAGGGGAAAUCUAAUAAACCCCACACGAGUGAGAAAUCAAGUGAUAAGACGAGUGAUAAAACAAGUGACAAAGCUAGAAAGGGGGAAAAACCUCCCUUACAAAAUACAGACAAGAAAAAGAGGUGUUUUAAUUGUGGCUCAAGAGCUCACGUGAGUUUUGAGUGUCCUGAUAGAGACAAAGGCCCGAAAUGUUUCAAGUGUGGUGAGUUUGGGCACAAGUCUGACAAGUGUAAGAAAGAUGGCAAGCCGAGUGGUGCAGAUGGCCCCAGACCCAUAAAAGCACGUGUUGAUGUGUUGAAAACCGGUGAUAAAAAGACUUAUAAAGACGUAAAAAUAUUGAACAGAGUUGUGAAGGCAGUGUUGGAUUCCGGAAGUGAUUUGCAUUUGACACGGUCUAGUUUUUAUGUGAAACUCGGUGCACCUAAACUAGAAUUAGAGACAAUUCCGUUUGAGGGUGUGGGAUCGACCAUACAACAUACGUUGGGUCGUUUCAGAGCUGAAAUUUGUGUGGAUGAUUUGAAGUUUACUCUCAACUUCGAUGUGGUGCCUGAUGAAUUCCUUGGACAUGAUUUGCUGAUAGGUGCGGAAUUAUCAGAUUAUGCUGAAGUGAGAUUUAAAAACAGACAAGCGACUCUUGUGAAAAUUGAGGAAGAAAUAGACAAAGUGGAAACUGAUGACGUCGGAUGGAACGAAGUGCUGAACAUUAAUGUGUGUGUUAAACCUGGUGAGGAACAAGUGGUGUCAAUCGAUCAUGUGAAAAAUCCAGAAGUGAAAAAAGAGUUGAAAGAGCUGAUUGAGUCGUAUGAACCGAGGAAAGAGUUGGAUACAGGGGUGAAGAUGCAUAUUGUGUUGAAAGACGAUGAACCUGUUUUUCAGAGUCCUCGACGUUUAUCAGCUGAGCAAAACAAGAAAGCCAAUGGAAUAGUGAAAGGGUGGGUGGACGAUGGGAUAGCGAGGCCCAGUACAUCAAAUUUCGCUAGUCCAGUAGUGUUGGCGGAUAAGAAAAAUGGGGAUACAAGACUUUGUGGUGAUUACAGAUCUUUGAAUAGAAAAACAGUUAGAGACAGAAAUCCACUCCCGUUGAUUGAGGAUCAACUGGAUAGACUUCAAGACGCAAGAGUGUUCGCGACAUUGGACUUGAAAGACGGAUUCUUUCAUGUACCAAUCGAUGAAGAAAGUAUUAAAUACACGGCGUUCGUGAUUCCGGAUGGCCAGUAUGAGUUUUUGAAAGUUCCCUUUGGAUUGUGCAAUUCACCAGCAGUUUUCCAAAGACAUGUGAGGGCUGUUUUUCGGAAAUUGAUUCAAGAUGGUUCAGUGUUAGCAUAUUUAGACGAUUUAAUAAUCCCUGGAAAAGAUGAAGAGGACUGCCUGAAGAAAUUAAAAUCAGUGUUCGAGACCGCGAGCAAAUACGGUGUGGUUUUUAAUUGGGCAAAGAAUUCUUGGUACCACGUGUGGAGUAUCUUGGGUACAUCAUUGAGGCAGGGCAGUACCAACCCUCGCCUAAAAAGACAGUUGCAGUCAAAGGCGGCAUUUGAGAAAUUGAAGUUUGCAUUGGUAGCGAGUCCAGUGCUGAAGCUGUAUCGAGUCGGUGCUGAGACCGAGCUACAUACAGAUGCCUGCAUGGGUGGUUUGGGGGCAAUGACUACACCAGCUGAGGAGAAAUACACAAGUUACANCUGA